CUCCCAGGCGUGGACGUGGGCGGGCGGCGCAGGGUGCAGACCGCGGCCGGGGCACCAUGGAGGUGGAGGCGGGCCUGGAGCGCUGCGGCCCGGGGCGCCGCACCGAGGACCCGAGCGCGCAGGCCCUGGCAGAGUUCGCGGCGGUGCACGGCCCCGCGCUGCGCGCCUCGGGCGUCCCGGAGCGGCUGUGGGGCCGCCUGCUGCACAAGCUGGAGCACGAGGUUUUCGAUGCUGGGGAAAUGUUUGGGAUAAUGCAAGUAGAGGAGGUAGAAGAAGCAGAGGAAGAGGCUGCCGGGGAAGGUCAGAGGAAGCAGCCCAACCCCGGGGGCGGACUGUGCUACAAGGUCAUUGUGACCAGUGAGAGUGGGCUCCAGGCCAACGACCCCAACAGCAUCUUCCUCAUCGACCACGCCUGGACAUGCCGUGUGGAACAUGCACGCCAGCAGCUGCAACAGGUACCAGGGCUCCUGCACCGAAUGGCCAAUCUGAUGGGCAUCGAGUUCCAUGGUGAGGUGCCCAGCCCGGAGGCUGUGGCCCUGGUGCUGGAGGAGAUGUGGAAGUUCAACCAGACCUACCAGCUGGCCCAUGGGACAGCCGAAGAGAAAGUGCCAGUGUGGUACAUUAUGGAUGAGUUUGGCUCAAGGAUCCAACAUGCAGACGUGCCCAGCUUUGCCACAGCCCCCUUCUUCUACAUGCCACAGCAGGUGGCCUACACUCUGCUGUGGCCUUUAAGGGACCUAGACACAGGCGAGGAGGUGACCCGGGACUUUGCCUACGGAGAGGCAGACCCUCUGAUCCGGAAAUGCAUGCUGCUGCCCUGGGCCCCCGCCGACAUGCUGGACCUCAGCUCUUCCACGCCCGAGCCACCCGCCGAAUACUAUCAGGCCGUUUUGGAGGAAAACAAGGAGAAACUUCCGCUCGCCAUCAGCCCAGCGGUGCAUCCUCAGGAGCGCAUCUUCAGGGUCCACACUGAUGUGCAGCAAGUUCUCAGCCACCUCAGCCACCCACGCUUCACCUUCAUCGAGAGCGAGGCUGAUGCCGACAUCCUCUACAACUUCUCGCACUUCAAGGACUACAGGAAGCUCAGCCAGGAGAGGCCGCAGGUGCUACUUAACCAGUUCCCCUGUGAGAACCUGCUGACAGUAAAGGACUGCCUGGCCUCCAUCGCUCGCCGGGCUGGGGGUCCAGAGGGCCCCCCAUGGCUGCCCCGGACCUUCAACCUACUCACUGAGCUACCUCAGUUUGUCAGCUAUUUCCAGCAGCGGGAGAGGCGGGGUGAGGACAACCACUGGAUCUGUAAGCCCUGGAACCUGGCCCGCAGCCUUGACACACAUGUCACCAAGAACCUGCAUAGCAUCAUUCGGCACCGAGAGAGCACCCCCAAGGUUGUGUCCAAAUACAUUGAAAGCCCCGUCUUGUUCCUUCGAGAAGAUGUGGGAAAUGUCAAGUUUGACAUUCGCUACAUUGUGUUGCUGCGUUCUGUGAAGCCACUGGUGUUAUUUGUGUAUGAUGUGUUCUGGCUGCGGUUCUCCAACCGGCCCUUCGCUCUCGAUGACCUGGACGACUACGAGAAACAUUUCACUGUCAUGAACUAUGACCCAGAUGUGGUGCUGAAGCAGGUGCAUUAUGAUGAGUUCAUCCCCCAGUUUGAGAAGCAGUACCCAGAGUUUCCCUGGAGUGGUGUCCAGGCUGAGAUCUUCAAAUCCUUCACUGAACUGUUCCAAGUAGCAUGUGCUAAGCCACCGCCCCUGGGCCUCGGUAACUACCCCUCAUCCCGAGCUGUGUAUGCUGUUGACCUCAUGCUAAAGUGGGACAGCCAUUCAGAUGGAACGAGGGUGAUGCAGCCGCAGAUCCUGGAGGUGAACUUCAACCCUGACUGUGAGCGGGCAUGUAGGUACCACCCCACCUUCUUCAACGACGUCUUCAGCACCUUGUUCCUGGACCAGCCGAGUGGCUGCCAUGUCACCCGCAUCAUCUAGGCGCCAGUUCCAGCCUCAGCUCUGAGAGCCAGCUCUGUAGUCCGUCCUUCUCCCUCCUUACCUCCUCUCCGUCUUCCUCUGCCUCCUCGUCCCUUCUGAGUCAGAGCCUCAGCCUAGGUUAGGCUUCCACCCUCCUCAGUCAGGUCCCUGCUUCAUACUUUAGGACUUCAGGGCCACAUAAUGGGUCAGAGCUGGACAGUGGGGGUGUCCCCAGGACUGGGUCAUGCCCCAGGCUCUCUCCACACCUCCUGAUGUCCUCUGGGCUCUGAUGAGCAUUUGGCUCAACCAAGGGCUUUACCUCUGGCAUCAAGAGUUUGGAUUCCAGCCACCACGUAUCCACAGUGGAGGAAGAGGUGUUCCUCAGAAACCUGGUUCUAGAGGGAAGCAUCUGGGAAACCUGUGUCCCGCAGAGCAAGGGAGGUCUCUUUCAGAGUCUGCCUUCUGCCCCGUGGCUUCCCUGAGUAGAGUGCAAGGCUGGUGCUGUGCCCACAAGUCUCUGUGACAGGCCCUAGAAUGAGGGCCAGCAUUUACCCACCAGGCCUUACACCCAGGCGCCCUCCACCACAGCUGUCACCAGUGAACUUCCCAGCCAUGUCUCCCCUUGACCUUUCUCUUCCUCUGGGAAGUCAGACUCUCUGGGUCCCUGUGGCCUCCACGCUAAUACCUCACCGGGUACCACUGGCCUUUGAGGUAGGCAGGGUGCUCUGGAGACAAGGGGCUCCAUGGCAGAGCCCAGGCAGGAGUGGUGGGGAAACGCCAAGGCGAGCAGGAUGGUGGUGGGGAGAACUUGAAUCGGAAGCGGGCUGCCUCCUACCGAGGUAUAGAGUCGAUGCUGGGGUUUGUCCUUUCUGGAACUGUGGGAAGAAGAUGUAAACUCUAGCUGUUAACUUUGUUGCUAGAAUUCGAGGUCGGCUGCCAGCGUUUCUGUGUAACUGCCAGACAUCUGGUUUCAGCCCACUAGCCAGUGGGUCUGAUGAGCACAGGUGGGAGCUGCCUGCAGAGCUUUCCACUGCUUAGGAGGGUGGAGCCAGUGUGCUGGCUGUUGCACUUUUGAAGCCAAAAGCAGCCCCCUCUUAAGAAAACUGGAUGUGGUUCUGCUUGUCCAUCUCUGGGCAUGUGGGCCACCAGCUAUCAAGCCUGGUCCCCCAUCCCUGCAGGGUCAGUCCACCACUGGGAACCAUCAGCUAGCAAGGCCAGGGCAGGGCAGACGCCCGAUUCUGUCUUGAGAGCUCUACCUUUCCUGCCCUUUUGUACUGCAGUAAAGUAUGCAUUCUUUUGCAACUGG